UUCUAUGAUAAUCAAGAUAAACAGCGGCCUGAAAGGAAACCCAGUACUUCAUUCUGCAACCUUCAAUCAGUAGCAUUCAACCAGAACCACUCUGCAACCAUGUCCGAAACCGUCAUCCGCGCCAUCAACUCGUCCAUCACCAUCUUCUCGGUACCCUUCUCUCGAUUCGGGAUCUUGCCCAUCGGAGGUCGUUCGACCGCCAUCAAGCUCAAGAACGACGAGGUUUUCGUGCUCGCCUCUAGUCCGGCUGACAAGGAGACCAUCGAUACUAUUAACGCUAUGGGUACCGUCAAGUACCUGUUGACGCCAGAUUUCGUACAUGCCAUGUACAUCUCCGACUUCUUCAAGCUUUACCCGGAUGCCAAAUGUAUCGGACCCGAAGGUAUCGCUCAGAAGAAACCGGACGUCAAGUGGGCGGGCGUAUAUGGAGAGGGAGGCGAGUCAAAGACGUAUGGGUUCGAGGACGAGCUCAAACUGCAAUACUUCCCCGGCCACGUGAACAAGGAGAUCGCCGUCCUCCACAUGCCCACAAAGACGCUCGUCGAGGCCGACCUCUACUUUAACCUCCCGCCGACGGAACAAUACUCGAAGACGAGCCAGAGCUCGAAACCGAUCUGGCCGUUGAGCCUGUUACAAUCGGGUAUGAAGAAUGCCAUCCCGAGGUUGACGGGGAAGGACAAGGCUGCCAUGUCCAGGGAUACCAAGAUCGUCGCCGCUUGGGACUUCGACAGGCUGAUCCCCUGUCACGGAGACGUCAUCGAGACGGGUGCCAAACAGGUCUGGCUGGACGCUUUCAAGGUCUAUCUCGACAACUGAUCGAGAUCGCGGCACAAAGCAAAGACUCGAGUGAGAUUGGAGUUCACGGGUUGAGGGGAGAUAUGUGCGGGAUGGGACGAGGUGUGGUGCUCGAUAAGGCGAAUUGGGAGGAUGUCCCGAGGUUCAGGUUGUAAGUUACAAAUAGAUGCAGGAAGGGAUUGAUUAUAAUCGAUUGCGGCCGA